AUGAAUUUCGAACUUGAUCGAGCAGAUCCAAGGCAGAGGCAAGGAAUCAUAAAUCUGGGUUUCAUAAUGGAUAGGAGAGUGAGAAGAACGGUGGACAGGAACGUAGAAUACAGCAGGAAAAUGGGGUCGGAACCGGGGCAGUCGGCCGAGGGAAAGUUCCAUCGGCAGAAAAGUGCCAAGAGGCUGUUCCCAGCUUCGGGAUACUUCAGCCUAGAGUCGCUGUACUUGUUGAUAUGCCUGACGAUGUCGUUGCUGAUACUACCGUUGAUACUCCCGCCAUUGCCGCCUCCGCCGUUCAUGUUGCUCUUGCUUCCCAUCGUCAUUCUGGUCGUCCUGGUGGUACUGGCCUUCAUGCCUACCAAUGUGAGGGACUUGACGUCUACAUACGUGUAA